AUGGCCGUGUCUAAGAACGGUCUAAUAGCGUCCUACCUGUCGGUUUUGGGUACGUUAUUGGCCUUGGUGGCGUUUGCGACGGAGAACUGGUUGGUCACCGACAAAUCCGGCCGGAAAUUCGACCGGAUCGGUCUGUGGGUGGUUUGUUUCAAAAACCUGGAGGAUUCACAUCGUUGGUACGACGUGAAACUCAUCAACAGUUGUCGAUCUGUGUUUGGAAAACAAUAUUACAUUAUACACGAUAUUUUGUUUGGCAAUAAUCGUUUUUACCAUUACACUCAGUUUUGGUUUACCGUUUGCGUCCUGUCCGCGUUGGUCGGGUUGUAUCACACCAAAUGUUACGUGAAACUCAGCAGUCCGGCGUGGGUCGACGGCCAUCGCGUAAAAACGGCGUUCAGAACCGGUGUGGUUUAUAUCAUAUCCGCCGUAUUUGGUACCGUCGCUUUAGUGAUAUUCGGAAUACACGGGGUUGACAGAACGUGGAUGCCGGAUUGGCGACACAAUCACAUCGGAUGGAGCUACGGAGUAGGUGUCGCAGGUACCAUCGCCCUUUGGGUCGGCGGGAUAUUGUACGCGAUUGAGGGACGGGCGCUUAAGAUUAAACUUCGCAAAAGAACCACAACACGAAAACCGAAUACCGACGACAAACUACAGGGUCAAUGCAGUGAGGUAUAA